AGCAUAACAGAAACUAUGAUUAUGUAUGCAUUGUCAUCAACAGUACAGCCACAGUCACAACCACAAAGCAAAAUACACUGUAAAAGUUUCACAGAACACUAGCUAUAAACUACACUACAGCCAACCAUACAAGAAGAUGGUCAACUUCAAGCAGCUACUAGAGAAAGCUACUAGCCCAGCUCAUUCUGACCCUGACUGGGAGGCCAUCCUGGAGAUAGUCGAGGAGAUAAAGUCCAAGAACGUCACUAUAAAGACGGUGAUGAAAGAGUUUCGUAAGCGUCUCCUUGACAACGACUCUACAGUGCUCUACUACACGCUGCUAGUGCUGGACUCUGUCAUGAAGAACUGCUCCACUGACGUACACAGCGAGGUUCUCUCCAAGGAGUUUAUGAAUAUCAUUAAGGAGAUCAUCAUAUCCUCAAAGAGUGGAGCCAAGACGGUGGACAAGGCUCUUGAACUAGUUGGGGAAUGGAAGGUGGCGUUUGGAGCACAGACCAACUACAAGGCCGUGGUCGACGUCUUCUUUGAACUGGAGAGAGAAGGUUUCCACGUCCCAGAGACUCAGGUUGCUUCUGCUGCCUUCAUGAAGAAGCCUCCAGAGUUUGACCUUAAUGACAAGUGCUACGCCUGUCGUCAAGAGUUUAACAGGUUCAAAGGUCACUUCAGGCACCAUUGCCGUAACUGCGGUAAGAGCGUGUGCACUCAGUGCUCAGGGAAAAGAGCUCCUCUGAUGGAGUUUGGCAUCGAUAUGCCUACUAGAGUCUGUGACAUCUGCUUCAAGAAACUCGAUUCCGGAACUGGAACUGGAACUGGAACGGUAACAAAUUCCAGCCCCGCCCCCUCCUCCUCGAACUCUGACCUCCCUCCAGAGUAUCUUAACAGCACGUUGGCGAGGGAGGCUCAAACCACCGCCCCUGCUGUGUCAGGUAACACUCAGAUACAGGAGGACGAUGACCUGCAGAUAGCCAUUGCUAUGUCUCUGAAUGAGGCUGAGAAUAAAGACAAGCCACCUCCCAAGAGAGCCUCGUCUCCGUCCGUCUCUAUAUCAUCGACCACGCCCUCUGCCCCACCCCCUCCUGCCAGUACGCUGUAUGCAUCCAUUGUGCACAACCCUAUACCAGCAAGCCAGGCCCCGCCCACUAACUACUAUAACGGAGGUCCUGCUGAGCCUGAAGAUAAUUCUGACCCCAAUUUGGCACGAUAUCUUGAUCGCAAUUACUGGGAUCAGCGUAAAGAGCAACAAGUACCUCCGCCCACUUCCACGGCAACUGGCCACACCCACACAGACGUUGGACCUCCCGCGAUGGUGCUGAGUGAGGGUGUGAGUGGGAGUCCGCUGGCUGAGAGUGUACGCAAGACUGUAGAGAUGUUCAUGGCACGUCUGCAGGAGGUCAACUCCCUGGGGGGUAGUGUUGCCACGGACCCUGUCAUCCUCUCACACUAUCAAAACCUCACCGCCCUCCAGCCACAGCUACUCAAGCAGAUAGACGAUGUGCAACAGAAGAAAACACGGCAACAGGAGAUUAUCCAUAAACUGGACGAGGCUAAAGAAGCGCGAGUGACGCUCAAUCGAAUGAGGCGGGAACAUCAGGACAAGAUUCGUCAACAAGAGCAAGAGCAAACAUUGCUGGCUAGGAUGCAAAUGGAACAGAAACUAGCACUCCUUCGUCAACAAAAGGCAGAGCAGUUCACGUUCCAACAAGCCCUGCAGAAACAGCGGCUGGACGAUCUUCAGACGCAGAGGUCAGAGUACGAGAAACAGCUGAUUCAGCAGAGAGAGGCGGAGAGACUGCAACUGAUUGCCAAGGAACAACAAGUGAUGCAUCAGCAGUUUGGACAGGGAGGGGCCUAUGGCAGUAGAAUGGAACCCGAACCAGUGGAGGGUGUUCCCUAUGGCAGUAAAAUGGAACCAGGACCAGUGGAGGGCGUUCCAUUCCACUCUCUGUCUCUCAACCCAGGGGAGCAAGCUGCCCCCCUCCCGAUGAAGGUGGACUAUGAACCUGCCCCGCCCCCCUACCAGCCGGCUGUUAGUAUGUACACACAGCCACCAUACAACGAUGGACUCUAUCAGCCAUCACUGACCUCUCAACCACUCUCCUACCAACAGCCUGUCUCCAUGACCUCAAUUCCACCGGCAGUUACUCAACCCCAAGUGUAUGGAAGCAGCCCAUCCGAUAUGGGCUACAUGCAUAGUACACUAGGAGGCCCGGGAAAUGCCUACCAACCCUCCCCCCUCACACAGCCUCACACCCUCACACAGUCACAGCCUCACGCCUUCACACAGCCCCCGCAGAUGUUGACACAGCCCCCACCACAGCCCACACAAUCGAUGGUGCAGCCCCCACCACAGCCUCACGCCUUCACACAACCCCCGCAAUCGAUGGCACAGUCUCAUGACUUCACACAACCCUCACAAUCGAUGGCACAGCCUCACACCUUCACACAACCCUCGCAGAUGUUGACGCAGGCCCCACCACAGCCUCACAGCUUCACACAGACCACACAAUCGAUGGUGCCGCCCCCACCACAGCCUCACACCCUCACACAGCCACAAGCGAUGAUGGGGGGUCAAUCGUUCCCCACACAGCCGGAUGUGCAGUACCAGCCACAGAUGCAGUCAUACAACGGAGCUCCACCCACUCAGUUUGUACCUCAUCAAGGAGGGUACACUCCGACACACCAUCAGCAUAUGGGCGUGGCCAAUGGAGGGUUAGCCCCGCCCACUACGAGCCUGGAACCCCUGCUCAUCUCGUUUGACUGAACUGUGUUUAUAUACACUGUAGCUAGUUGAACUGUUGAUGGCUUGUGUAACUAGUAUAUAUACGUAGACGACGUAGCCACAGAUUUAUGUAUUUAUCUACUUUAUUUGUUAGAAUCUUUAUACUGUAUAAAUUGAAAAUGUUUCACGAGAUUAAUUCAAAUUAA